GUGUCACAACAUGGUGACAGUUUUAACACAAAUGUAAAAAAAAAAGUUACAUAAUGCAGUUUUAAGGUUUCUGUUACAAGUUGUGACCACUGAGUUUAAAAAACAUUUUCUAAUGCAGUUCAACUUAAACCGUCUCACACCUUUUAGCCACCAGGGGGAGUCCGUGUUAUUUCUCCCCUGUCAAAUGGCAUCAUUUGAGAGGGCAGAUGAGGCUUUAUCCAGCAGCUGUGCACUGUGUCACAGUUUUUAGUGUGAGGCCAGCCUCACAGUUUGGACGGCAGGAUGUGGAAGUGAGAAAAGCUGACAGAUCUCUGGUUCUUCUGUUCAUGUCUAUAAAGUGUAGCUGCUGCUGUACUGACGUUAAGAAACUGGUGGGCCAUCUGGUCCACAGGUUAUGUUUCUAACAUUUAUUUAAUUUAUGUUGCGCUCUACUUCCAGUCCUUAGGCGCUCCUCAUCAGCCCUUCGGGUUUUCUGAAUCUGAUUCAUUCUUUUUCUCUUUUCCCCCUCUUGUUCUUUCUGUUAAACCUUUUUAACACGUCUCUGCAGUUAUGGAGCCAGAUAGUACACAAGUGAGGAAACAAAGACAAGUCCAGCAGUCCAUCACUAGCACAUGAGGAGUAUUUGAGCAGACUGAGGGAGCAGAGUCAGAGAGAUUUUCCAUCCUUCAGAUUGAGGAUGGGAUGCCAGGUUGGCAGCCAUCUACUAUGCUGGACCUGAAAUUCUACUUUCUCUCUGCCAAAUGGUUUAAUCUUUAGAAAGUCUACAGCCACAGCUGUUGAAACAACCUGGGUUUCUGUGACUGAAGAUCCUGUUAAAGGGGCAGUAUCACAUGUUUUCCAGGCACAGAGUGUAAUUUUUAUAGCACAAUCAGCUAACUAUGUUAUCUACAAUUGUUAUACAAAAAGCUAUAUCUAUGUAUUAAAUUUGACUUAAAAGAAGUUUGACUUUGUAACUUAAUGCCUUGAAAUUGGCCCUCUGUGUCUUUAAAACCUGCUGCUCUUCAGGACUGUUGUGAUGACUCCCCCUUCAGGAAACAUCAAACAUCUGGUGGCUAAUUUCUGCUGGCUAGUCUGAAGGAGCUGAGUGAGGGAUUUCUCAAACAUGCAUGAAAGAAUCAAGGCAACACUCCAGGUAUGUUUUCCGUGAGGGAAUAACAUGAUGUAAAUCUAAAAUAAAAAGUCAAUUUUACAUAAAACUGCAUCUUUGAGAAUUGGUUCUUUGAUGAUUUUCCUGUUUGUUUGGGGGUUUUUUUUAGACUCAACACUGGAAUUGCUGUCUGUAUGACUUUAAACUCGGCUUUCUUAAACAAAACCCGUUCUUUUAAAAAUAACCAGGACUGAAAUUUCACUGAACACGAGUAAAAGGAAGCAGUACAAUGAAAAACUCUGACAAUGAGUUUUUCAGGUCUGUCAAAAUUUUUCAUUACACUGCAUCUUUUUAUUCGUGUUCAGUGAAAAUCUGAGUAUCUGAUUUACAGGAAGGAAACAGGACUGUUGCACUUUACUUUUGUGUUUGUUUUCGGCUUUUAAAAAUGGCUGCUUGUGGCUGGAAUCACUAGAUAAAUGAGUUUGCAGCCCGUCCUCACACUGAGGACUUUCACCCUUUAAAAACCUUUGUGUUGAAGUGAGAAAUCUGAUUGAAUUCCUUUUUUGGAAGACACUCAUGAACGGCACACUUAGCCUGCCUAAAGGUGGACAGAACUGACCGACUCCUCUGUGUUCUCGUUCUGAUACCGGUUACAUGACGGUGAUAUGGCCCAGUAAAUACUCUGAUUGUGGUUUGGGAUGAGAUCGGAGAAAGAAACUACGUCAGGAGUGAGGGAGGGAGGGAGGCAGAGAGGGAGGACGUCCCCCUGGCUCUCUCUGUAUAAGUCUGCAGGUCGGUUGAAGUCCGUCUAGCCAGACAGGAUGCACCCCUCAUGCCGCCACUCUGCCCCAACACUCACACUCAAGUGAUGGAGCGCUGGCCUAAAAGGUUCCCCCUGUGCUUCCAGGUGUUGUGUGUUCGGUUCUGCGUGUUCUACUGCAGCAUGUGUCUGGCGGGUUGGCCCCUGUUCUCGGAGGGGGCCCGGCUGCGCUGCGGCUCCGAGCUCCUCAGUGACCUGCUGUUCGUCUGUGGGGAUCGGGGAAUCUACUUGGGUAAAGGCUCCUGGUCGGGGUACGGCCCUCGGCCCAGGGGGAAGGGAAUAGUGGACCAGUGUUGCAAAUCCUCCGGCUGUGAACUUUACCACCUGGAGAUGUAUUGUGCCAAGCCAAAAGCCAAGCAGCUAACCACAAGAUCCCCAACCACAACUUCAACCACAGCAACACACACAACCACUGCAGUUCUAGACAUGUUUGAAGAUGUGUUUCGGAAGAGGCUUUUGGAGACGCUGGGAGCUCCCAACAGCCCACGGAGAGAGGCCUACAGAAAGAAAACUCCUUCGUCGCUUCCGUGGAAAAGCAAAAUGUCGUUGUCGUCGUCGCCGCCGCCGCGCGUGAGGGUGAACGUGCAGAACUCGACCAGCUGGCCUCCCUCAGCCUCGGGACGCUCCGUCUGAAGACGGAAUCUGCAGGACGAUUUCAAUGUGAAAGAUUUGACGACGGCUCGAACAAACUCUCGUGUGAAGUUGGUACCUGGCGGAGUCAGAUAAGAACCCAGACGUAGAGGGCUGUGAAGAUCUUUGCAAGAUCUGGAACAAGCAGACUGCUGAGCUGCUUCCAGACCAGCUGUCACUUCCUCCUUGACUUCCCCCCUCCCCCGUCCUUUAACACCACGACGAGCCUCUGCUGCCCGUCUGUUCUGGCUCCCUCCUCGUCUUCCCAUACAGGCUGUCCAGGUCCGUGCACUGGUGCGACUGGGAGCUUAGUGUGUGUGAAGCCUGAAGCUGCUCCUGCCAGCCUUGCUUUGCUUCCCACAUCCUCAUGUCUAACCUGCUGUUUGCUCUGUACAUUUGCACAUGUUGAGUUACAGGCCAAGACCUGUCUAAGCCACUUUAGUUCACAUUUUUUUUGGUCAGCUCCGUUAGGCUUAUAGCUCUUCUGUUUGCAACAAACCGUAGAUACCUAGUGGGCUCCAGAACGCUCUAGGCAUUUAUGUGUGUUUUAGCACUUUUACUCCUAUGCAAAGAGAGGUUUUUAUACUGACUUGUUUUCGUUCAACUUUAUUUCAUUUGAAGCGUAAACGUUUUUUUUUUUUUUGUUUUUUUUGUAAUAAUUUGUUGCACUCACUUAUUUAUUUCACCACGACUAGAACAAAUGUUGCAGUUUUAAUAAAACUUGUAAUUCUCAA